CUUCACGAUUCGCAGACCGAGUGCAACUUUACAUAACUCUUGCCUUUGAGCCUCUCUCUCUGCGGAUAUCGAUCAUCACUCAUCAUCAUUCAUCAUUCAUCAUUCUAGGGCUUCCAAAACUUCCUUAUCAGGUGGUUUAUCCACCCAUCUGGCUCGCAUUAUCAUCACCCAAGAAUGCCAAAUGUAAUCAGCUUGACAAACCCCCCAAUUCUGCCUUGAAGACCCCUCCCCGCGAACGGGCCGGGCUGUCCAACGACCAUGACCGCCAGCCACCAUGGGGCUCUCAUUUCUCCUCGGCUCGUCUUCUACUGACCAACGGCGCGAAAGUCGGCCCAAACCGGCGUCCUCCCGCACGCCGUCUAGCUCUGCCUCCGUCUCUUCGUCAGCUGCCAGCCAUACUCCUCCGCCUCCUCCUCUUACUACUACUUCUGCCACUACAUCCGACCCCGAUCUGGAGUAUAUCCAUGACGACCUUCAGUUGCAGGCCCCGCCCCCCGAAUGUCCCGACCUCCGUGAGCUCAACAACUGCCUAGAAGCCCUGGCCGCCGUAUUCCCUGACGUGCAGAUCGAGGUCUUCCGCGAGAUGCUCACCAAGUUCGAUGGAGAAUCCCGUUUGGCUGUCGUCGCCGACGCCCUGUUAAAAAACCGUGUACAAUGGGUCAAGGGACGCUGGCGGGUCGUUGAAGGCGCCGCCACCUCCGCCGCCACGCCCGACGCCGCCCCGGUAUUAGCCGUACACCCGAAGGAGACCUUCAAGAGCGAAGAGUACAAGACGGCCGUCAAAGCCCUGGCCAAGCACGAGUUCCGCGGACUAUCCCGCUCGACCCUCCACGCCGUCCUCGCCGAAUGCAACUACAACUACCUCGACGCCCGGAAGACCCUGGUGGAGCUGUCCUCCAAGUCGUGGCGCUUCACCUUUUCCUCCCUCUUCUCGCGCCGGAAACCCGUUGUCGCCGCCGCUGGAGAAACCGAGAACCACCCGCUCAUCGUAUGGAAGUCCACCGGCCAUGGCUCCAUCAAGCCUACCUUGAAAGCCACCGGGAGCCCCGAACUCGACCGAGAGCUUCACGAAGCACUGAUACGCCCGCUUAAGCAGCGUGCUCGUCGCCUCCAGGUCGAGAAGGACCGCGGACUGGCCGUCUUGCUCAACAACGAAGAGGCCGAAGACAUGGACGCCAUGCACGAAUGCUGCUGCUGCUUCACCGAGUCUGCCUUUGAAGAGUUCGCCCAGUGCGAUGCCGACGGCCACAUGAUCUGCUUCCGCUGCGUGCAGCACUCCAUCGCCGAGGCCGUCUUCGGUCAGGGCUGGCAGAGCACCAUCGACAUGGAGUCCGGCACCCUCAAGUGCAUGGCCGUCGACGGCGGCGGCUGCGGCGGCCGCAUCCCCUCGUACCACAUGCACCGUGCCAUGCUCGAGGAGAAGAAAGGCGCCGAGAUCCUCCACAAACUCGACCAGCGCCUGGCCCAGCACAGCCUGCUCGCCUCCGACCUGCCGCUCGUCCGCUGCCCCUUUUGCGACUACGCCGAAGUCGACGACCUCUACGUCCCGCGGGGCGAAUCCCCCCUCCGCCUCCGCCCCGACGGCAUCCUCAACCUGCUCCUCCUCGUCGUCUGCGUCGUCUUCAUCCCGUUCUUCCUCCCCCUCAUCGUCCUCACCGUCCUCACCGCCCUCCUCGUUAGCUCCAAGCAAAGCCCGGGCGACCAGCUCCGAGAGGAAUGGUCCGCCGCCCUGACGCGCCACCGCCGCCGCCGCCGCGGCCUCAAGUUCACCUGCCAAUCCCCGACCUGCCGCCGCGCGUCCUGCCUCUCGUGCGGCAAGUCCUGGACCGACAUCCACGUCUGCCACGAGUCCUCCCUCGUCGCCCUGCGCACGCAGAUCGAGCAGGCCAUGAGCAUGGCCGUCAAGCGCGUCUGCCCGCGCUGCGGCACCUCCUUCGUCAAGAACGCCGGCUGCAACAAGCUCACCUGCCCCUGCGGCUACAAGAUGUGCUACGUCUGCCGCAAGGACAUCGGCUCCGGCCCGGACGGCGGCGAAGGCUACCGUCAUUUCUGCGACCACUUUCGCCCGGACGGCGACCCGUCGCCUUGCGCACACUGCGACCGGUGUAACCUCUGGGAAUCCGAGGACACGGAUGCCGUCCUGCAGGCUGCGAAGGAGGAGGCGGAGCGGAAGUGGCGUGAGGCGGAACGGCGCGACGUCGGGCGUGCCGAGAGGGAUUUUCUUGAGACGGGCUUCGUCGCUGCCGGGAGGGACGAGGUGAAGUUGGAGGGACUGCUCCGCCAGCGCCGGCCGCCGACUCUUGCUGAGUUUUGUGAUUGGGCUGUCGGGAGCCUGUUCGGGUAGCCAGCCACGGGAUAGGGUAUGUGGCGAGAGAGGAGGAGAGAGAGAGGGGGGGAGUAGAGAGGAAGAUUUUGGGUUGGUGAUCUAAACACGACAUGCGCCUCUGUUUCUUUCUUUGUUUCUUUCUUUCUUUCUUUCUUUUUGUCUUGUUUAUUGGGAGUUUCUUUUCUCGUUCGGCUGGUAAUGGACGUAUGGCGUUCUCGAGUCGACAACGUGGGCAAACAAACCCAUCAAAAGAUGAAAGGGUCUUGAAGGGAUCAGAGGUGGGCUAACCAUAUAUCACAUCCCACUCCUUUUUGUUUUUCCUUUUUUUCUUUUUUUUUUCUUUUCCAAGGUCAAGGGACCAAGCGAGACAACUCGGAUAGGGGAAACAGCGAAACAGGAAGGACAAGCAACUGGACGGCAUUGCUUUCGCCGAAGCACUCACGUUUGGAUAUAUCCAUUCACGUAUUAUUAGUGUAAUUCUAGACUUUAAUUUCUCAA